AAUCUGAGGAAGCCGCAGAUGUGAGACUGCUCAGAAGUGCGGAAAACAGACAUGAUGUUCGUCGUUACAAUGCACCCACCGCUAGCGAAGUUGGAGAAAUCCUGGUAGACAGUACGAUCACACCAAAUAGUGGUCAAGAAGUUGAUUACGGAAUCAAACACUGAUGAAACUGUACGGGAAAUUGCAGAAGCACCCGGCCCUCCUGUUACCAUUCAUGACACUGUGUAAUGCGAUCUUUCGUCUGGCGGGUUACGGCAAAUUUACAAAAUCAGUUCAUCCUGUGGUCUCGCAUCCGCCGAACAAACGCUCCACCUAGACGAAACAAGCAUCUACGAGCUUUUCGGUUCAUCUUCUGGUAUGUAUCAAUUCGUUUCAAGAAACAACAAUCCCAUCACAUCCUUGGUCGAAGAGCGGCAGUAAUAUUUGAUCUGGGAAAAACCAAGGACAUUUGCGAGACCUAUGGAUUGACGUUCCAACACCGAAUAUCAACGAAUGGCAAAGUGGCGAUCCUCCAAGAAUCACUGAUUCAUCGUCGAACGUACAAAAUGACGUCGAAAUACGAUAGAUGGCAUGAGCGCAAAAAAGCAAGCGCUAAACCGGCCGUUCAAAACGACGACAUGAAAAAUCAGAUCAAUUCAUUGACUGAUGUUAUUGAUGGCUUGCAAAAACGGCAAAAAGAGAUCGUGACAUUGAGGCAAUCAUUACAAAACGAGGUGAAACUGGCAAAAGGACGAUUUUAUAAAGACCGUUCCGACCUGAAUUUCAGAAAUUAGCAAGAUAAAAAGGCUGCAAUGCAGAGGGAAUAUCAGGCGCUUUUGACAUGUCGUACAAGUUUGCGCAAGGCAAAAAAUGAACGUUAUUUGCUGCAACGCCAGGUACGUUGAUUUGU